GUCUAAUCUGUUUCAAACACCUAUGCAUGCAAUCUAGAGUAAAUUUGAGCAAUUUCAGUAAAUUUACUAUUCCCAAUUAUGAUACUGUAGUAUAUCUCAGUUAGGUGUUUAACAUGUCCAACAAAGCAAAAGGGAGGAGAAACCAAGAGAAGUGAGAGGCAACAGAUAAGAAGAGAAACAACAAGUGAAAAUUUUGGAAUUCCAAACAAAGUCCAAGAUUCUUAACUAUCAGGGUCUGGCAUUUAAGAACUUGAUUAUGGAUGAUAUGCGCGUCUCUCAGACAAACACCUUGCACUGUCUUUCAUGUGAAAAUGUAUUUUGAGUUUUUACAUUCAGAGUCCAUUGAAGACAUGGGGUAUUCUAUGAGUAAGUUGGAAGCAGAGACCGAACUCUUGGAUGGUUCAAGUUCCAAUCACGGGGCUACUGAAAGUGCUCGUCACAACAUACCAUCACAUUUUUUGGACCAUGAAAUUGCUCAGCUUACUAAACUUAGAUCAGGACCCCAUGAAAAUAUCAGUAGAAUCCUACCUGGGAAAAGGGAAGUUCCUGUGUCCACAUUCAAGAUGCUAGCCGCCCGAGAAGCCAAUUAUUCCGGUAGAGGAAGGUUCUCAAAGGCAGAUAGUUGUCAUGUUCUAAGUAAAUAUUUGCCGGUAAAUGGUCCUUGGAUUGUAGACCAGAUGGCAACAAGGGCUUAUGUGUCACAAUUUUCGGCAGAUGGUUCCCUUUUUGUUGCCGCUUUUCAGGGAAGCCAUAUUAGAAUAUAUGAUGUGGAGAGAGGGUGGAAAGUUCACAAGAAUAUUCUUGCAAAAAGCUUGAGAUGGACAGUCACUGAUACAUCUCUUUCACCAGGUCAACGGCAUCUUGUAUAUGCUACCAUGUCACCUAUCGUACAUAUUGUAAAUGUAGGAUCUGCUGCCACCGAAUCUCUUGCCAAUAUCACAGAAAUUCAUGAUGGUCUGGAUUUGGCCGCUGACGAGGAUGAUUCUUUUGGAAUCUUCUCUGUGAAAUUUUCGACUGAUGGUCGGGAAGUUGUUGCUGGAAGUAGUGAUGAUGCAAUCUAUGUUUAUGAUCUUGAAGCAAACAAACUCUCUCUUCGAAUAUCUGCACACGAAUCUGAUGUCAAUUCUGUAUGUUUUGCUGAUGAAAGUGGCCAUCUUAUUUAUUCUGGAAGUGAUGAUAAUCUGUGUAAGGUCUGGGACAGACGUUGCUUUAGGGCCAAAGAAAAGCCAGCGGGAGUCCUGAUGGGACACCUAGAAGGCAUUACUUUCCUUGACAGUCGGGGGGAUGGUCGUUAUUUCAUUUCUAAUGGUAAAGAUCAAGCCAUCAAGCUUUGGGAUAUCCGCAAAAUGUCUACUAAAUCUACUUGCAAUAUGAUGUUCAGGCAUUAUGAGUGGGAUUAUAGAUGGAUGGACUACCCUCCUCAAACUAGAGACUUGAAGCACCCCUUUGAUCAUUCAGUAGCCACUUAUAAGGGUCACUCUGUCUUGCGUACUUUAAUUCGCUGCUACUUCUCCCCCGAAUAUAGUACUGGUCAGAGAUACAUUUACACUGGGUCCCAUGACACUUGCAUUUACAUCUAUGAUUUGGAUCAAUUACGAAGAAGGUCAUUCAGCUGAUAAUAUAAUUCGGGUUAGGGUGUUUAUUUGGAUCAGGGAGGUUUUUUUAAAAGUUUAAAAGUAAUUUCUUAAUAGAAUAGGACGAUUUCUGGCCAAUCCUUAACCCCUUUGCUGGCUAAGAGCUGCAUCAACCACUACUUCUAUAGAUGGCUCAAUUCGAUAACCGUUGUCUUUUUUUCCUUUUCUUGUACAUCCUUUUGUCCAACUUUAGUGAACUUUGUUUUGUGAGGACAAAAAUAGAGAACUUUUCCCCCAAGCUGUUCAAUUUUCCA